GACAUAUUAUUAUGGUCUCCAACUUUUUUGUGGAUGGUGUUUGGUGGUUGGUGUUCGGCAUUUAGUAUAUGUAACAAAUGGCAGGUGGUGACAUUUUACAUGUUACUGUCUUGUUUAUGUCAUACAAUAAAGACAACUUGAGUAUUAUAAAAGAUUUCAAAAGCAUUGUCUUGAAUUGGUGACUGUUGUGAAUGUAGCUAAAUAUUUGCUAAUUGUUUAUCAUUGAAGUUAUGGCAUCAUGUUAAUUAAGAAUUGGAAGCCAAAUUGUCAUUAGUGUAUUUUACUUUAAUCAUAUUGAAUGAUUUAUCACCCAUUUUAAUAUAUGGCUUCAUUUAAUGAUAUAAUAAGGUUAGUAAACUUAUCUUGUCAUUUUCAAGAUCAUCUUUCAAGACGAAAGUAAUAAUUUGAAAUUCUAGGGAUAAUUUUGAACAAAUAUUGAAUUGGUAGCAAUUCAGAUUAUUUUGACUCAUCAGUGGAUUGUCUUGGUACAAAUAGCAUUCUAUCAUACACUUUAUACAAAUAGUGUUUAUCAUAGAAAUCAAGGCACAUUUUGGAUUAUUAAGAAUUAAAGAAUUUAAAAGUGCCUUGUCCAAGAUAAGGUGUGACACUUUAAAUCUGACACUAUGUAUGUAGUUAGUAGGAUUAGAGAAUGGAUGGAAGGACGUGCCUUAUCAGGUGUUAACCCUAACAUAUCUUCAACUCCCUGGCCUUCUACAACGUCACAGCAGCCUAGUGGCCUUCAAGAGAAAUGGCCUGCACAACAGACUGGGGUUCUCCAAGUUGAUGUCCUAGACAGUACAAGUAUGCAGAUCUCAAUUCAACAACACACUGUGAUGAUGUUACUCCUGGUGUCCAUUCUACACCAGGGAGCAAUUGCCAAGCACAAGAGAAAAUGUGGCGUAUGUGAUAAGAAACAAUGCACAUUAUAUUCCGGGGGUCCAGACAAUUGCCCCGGGGAGCUUAUCUGGGAUAAAUGUCGUUGUUGCAAAAAGUGUCGCAUUGUGAAGGACAAGAUGACGUCGGAGCAGAUACAACAGGAGCAAGACAUGAUGUUACGUCCAGAUAUUCUCGAGAACCCACCCAGCAUACAUAACCAUCCAGUCAUGCAUAAAGCCAAUGAUACAGUUAAACAAACCAAAUGUCAAUCAAUUAAAUGUGGGAGUGGCAAAGUAUGUAUGCUGAAUAUCCAAGGGCUUCCAGUAUGCAGAUGUCUUCCUGUAAUAUCAUGCUCAAAGCGCAGAAAGGAAGUGUGUGGUCAUGACGGCAAGACAUAUCGCACUCGCUGCCAUCUUAAGAUUGCCGAGUGCAACCUGAGUAAGAAGAUAAAGGUAGCGUACAAGGGAGGGUGCAUGGAGCCACAAUCCCAUGCUGCUCGACAGAUGGGGGAGCACCCACCCAGUGGUAGCAGGACUACCCACACUAGGCCAAUAUAUGCUAGGCCAGACCGAUUAAAACAGAACAAUAACAAGAAAAAAAUGAAACUGAAACGAAAAAAAGCUAAAAUUGAGUCGAGACUUGAAAAAAUGCGAAAUAGGAACAAAAAUGGGAAAGGCAUGAAAAAUCGAAAGAAGAAGCGAUUCAUAUGGAAUGGAAUAAUAGUAAACAUCCCUUAG